GCGCCGCCGGAAGUGCUGGGAAGCGCUCAGCGGGGCAUGGCAUGGCAGGAGCUUUCGGAGGGGCUGAGGUCAGGAAUAGAAGCAAAUCGUCCUCUUGAGAUGGAUGUGAAGAGCUCCUACAUCUGAAGACUCUUCCAAACAUUAGAAAUGUCUUGAUCACAACUAACUAUCUGGUAUUUGGAGGCAUGACCGUUAUUGAAGAUAUGAAAACUUAUGACAAAUGGAAAACUGUAGUUAAAAAUAGGAACAUUGAAUAUUAUUUGAAAUAGGAAAAUACUCUUCUUCAAAAUGGGUGCACUGUGUUCAGUUAUCAGGUUUGAGAAUCUCCAGGAACUGAAGAGACUAUGUCACUGGGGCCCCAUCAUAGCCCUUGGUGUGAUAGCAAUAUGUUCUACUAUGGCUAUGAUAGAUGCUGUUAUGUGGUAUUGGCCUUUGGACACAACAGGAGGAAGUGUGAAUUUCAUCAUGCUCAUAAACUGGACUGUCAUGAUUCUUUACAAUUACUUCAGUGCCAUGUUUAUUGGCCCUGGAUAUGUUCCUUUAGGAUGGAAACCGGAAAAAUCUCAGGACUGCAUGUAUGUCCAGUACUGUAAAGUGUGCCAGUCUUACAAAGCACCACGUUCACACCACUGCCGAAAAUGUAACAGGUGUGUGAUGAAAAUGGACCAUCAUUGUCCGUGGAUCAAUAAUUGUUGUGGGUAUCAGAAUCACGCAUCCUUCACUCUGUUUCUCCUUUUAGCUCCACUUGGAUGUAUCCAUGCUUCUUUCAUUUUUGUUAUGACCAUGUACACUCAGCUUUAUAACAGGAUAUCUUUUGGGUGGAGUUCUGUAAAGAUUGAUAUGAGUGCAGCCAAAAGAGACCCACUUCCUAUUAUUCCUUUUGGAUUGUCUGCAUUUGCUGCAUCUUUAUUUGCAUUGGGACUGGCAUUAGGAACAACCAUAGCAGUUGGUAUGUUGUUUAUUAUCCAGAUGAAAGUCAUUCUGAGGAAUAAAACUUCAAUCGAAUCAUGGAUUGAAGAUAAGGCCAAAGACAGAAUCCAAUAUUACAAAACGGGAGAGAUCUUUAUUUUUCCUUAUGACAUGGGAAGUAAAUGGAAGAACUUUAAACAAGUGUUUACGUGGUCAGGGAUUCCUGAGGGAGAUGGCCUCGAAUGGCCAGUAAGAGAAGGCUGUCAUCAGUAUACUUUGACAAUAGAGCAAUUGAAACAAAAAGCAGACAAGCGAGUAAGAAGUGUGCGGUACCGAGCAGUAGAAGAUUACAGUGGUGCCUGCUGCCCUGUGACUAAAGGUGUUAAAACAUUCUUCACAACCCCAUGCACUGAAGAACCGAGAAUUGCACUGUGUAAAGGGGAUCUGCUUUUGGCCACUAGAGGCUUAAAACACUGGAUGUAUGGAGACAAAGUUCUUGACUCAACUACUGACGGGCUGCCAAGAGUGGGUUCGGGCCCCACAGCAAGAGCGGACCGGCUAAACAGGGCCGACGAGAGGUGGGGGAAGCCAGGCCCCGGGCUCCCUUCCGGACCGCCAGGCCCCGCUGGAAUGAGAGUCAGAGGCUGGUUCCCAAGGAAAUGUGUGGAAAAAUGCCUGUAUGACUCUGAAAUGGAUCAACCAUUGGAUGGAGAGAAGAAAAAUAGAUAGCCGUCUCAUCGUCUUUACGAAUAAAUGGAAAUGUUCCUUUCAGACCACAGUCCUUUACUUGAAACCUUCUGUAUAUUUAGACUUAUGCAGGAAAUAUGGUGUGAAAGUGACUUCUUUUUCUCACAAUUAAAGGGUACCCUAGUGCCAUGGUUUGCAUAUAUUUUUAUUAAUGUUUUUAUAACUGAAGAAGCCAUUCCACAUAGAUGCCUUUGAGAUACAAAGGUUUUUCCACCUUAGGACAGAUUUGAUUGUGUUUUCUUUACUGUUUAAAUGAAGGAUUUUUUUAAUUGCAAACUGAGGGACCUUUAUUUCUAAAUUUUUCCACAACGGUAUCUAUGGCUAAUGCAUGCUGCUUUUCCUUUGUAUAUUACUUGGCCGUGUGUCCCAAGUGCCCCCUUGAAAACUAUAGAGUAAACUUUGAAUUCAAAUGCAAGUAUGAUUUGCUACCUGUGACUUUUAAUAAUGUGUAAACUUUUGUCAAUUGCAAAUAAACAAUGUGUA